UCUUUUCUCUUAAGCUUUGCAACAAUGGUUACAUAAUCUCUUUACAAACAAUCUUUCUCUACACUCUAAUUCUCUUUUUGUUUCUCUUCUAUUCUCUCAAUACCAAUCUUAUUCUCUAAAAUCAUAUCAAGUAUGUGCAAGCUAUCCAAGAUUUGGUACGACACACUCGAUCAUCGAUGAGAAAGAAAAAAAAACACACACACAAACUUUUUCUUACAAUAUUUGUUGUUGUGUUCUUGCAGAAAGAGGAGAUCACCUUGUUACAGAUUUCAAACGAGAAAUUGAAUGGUGUGGGUCUCGAGAGUCUGAGCUACACCGAACUGACUUCGCUUGAAAGUAAGUUAACGGAGGGCUUACGCAUUGUGGAUGAACAAACAGAUAAGGCGCACUUGGAAUUAUUACACCUGCAGUCUGUUGAGUGCGAUGUUAUGGGAUCCGACUGGGUUAACCAAAAAGGCAAGGAUGAUAUGGCCUACCAAUCUCUUCUCGCAAAGAGAAGAAGAGAGUUAAGGAACAAGGCUAGAGAACUCCGCCUCAGCCCUCCUAAAGAAACCCAACAGCACUAUAGCUAUUACCCUGAAACCCUGAUGUCGGACAUCGACUCUUUGAAGAUGGAGAAAAAGAGACUACGUCUUUUGAACCAGUAUGAGAAUGAUUGGUCAAGGGCUCGACGGUAUGGAUUACUACGAACUUUAUGUGUUAAGCUUUCAGAUUUUGCGUGCUAUGAAGAAUUCAGAAGAUAUGAAGAUAAACCAACGUGCAAAGGAACCAAUCUCCCAGGUACAGAUAUGAUCGUGGCAGGUUCUUGGUUCGAGAUGGAAUCGAGAUGGAAUCGUUUUGAGCCUUUUGUCAAAAAAAAAAAAAAAAAAAAAAAAAAAGGUUCUUGGUUCGAGAUGGAAUCGUUUUGUUACUUGGAGAACUUUGUGUUCUAUGUCUCCCUAUUCCAGUUUUCAAUACUUAUUGAUACUUAUUGUGGUUACUAGAUUCUAUUUAUUAUAACAAGUAUCCUUUUAUUAAGGGGGUUAUUGGUUUAAGAA